AUGCAGGGAGCCAGGGUGUUGCUGCUGCUGGGCCUCAGGCUACAACUGUCCUUUGGUGUCAUCCCAGUGGAAGAGAAGAACCCGGCCUUCUGGAACCAAAAGGCAAAGGAGGCCCUGGAUGUUGCCAAAAAGCUGCAGCCCAUUCAGACAUCAGCCAAGAACCUCGUUAUCUUCUUAGGGGACGGGAUGGGGGUGCCCACGGUGACAGCCACCAGGAUACUAAAGGGACAGUUGGAAGGUCAUCUAGGGCCUGAGACACCCCUGGCCAUGGACAAUUUUCCAUACAUGGCUCUGUCCAAGACAUACAAUGUGGACAGACAGGUCCCGGACAGUGCAGGCACGGCCACUGCCUACCUGUGUGGGGUCAAGGCCAACUACAAGACCAUUGGCCUGAGCGCAGCUGCACGAUUCGACCAGUGCAACACCACAUUUGGCAACGAGGUCUUCUCAGUGAUGCACCGUGCAAAGAAAGCAGGAAAGUCUGUGGGAGUGGUGACCACCACGUCGGUGCAGCACGCCUCUCCUGCCGGCACCUACGCACACACCGUGAACCGUGACUGGUACUCGGAUGCAGAAAUGUCCACUGCUGCUCUACGUGAUGGCUGCAAGGACAUCUCUAUACAGCUCAUCUCCAACACGGACAUUGAUGUGAUCCUUGGUGGGGGCCGCAAGUUCAUGUUUCCCAAGGGGACACCAGACCCUGAGUACUCAGGCAUCAGAGCUCUGUCCGGAAGCAGGCUGGAUGGACAGAAUCUGGUACAGAAGUGGCUGGCAAAGCACCAGGGUGGCCGGUAUGUUUGGAACCGCUCAGAGCUCAUUCAGGCAUCCCAGGACUCAGCAGUGACUCACCUCAUGGGCCUCUUUGAACCUAACGACAUGAAAUAUGACAUCUACCGAGACCCUACUCAGGACCCUUCCCUGGCCGAGAUGACAGAGGUGGCUGUGCGCGUGCUCAGCAGGAACCCCAAAGGCUUCUAUCUCUUUGUGGAAGGGGGCCGCAUCGACCAUGGCCACCAUGAGACUGUAGCCUACCGUGCCCUGACUGAAGCUGUCAUGUUCGACUCAGCCAUUGACAAGGCAGACAAGCUCACCAGUGAGAAGGACACGAUGAUCCUUGUCACUGCUGACCACUCUCAUGUAUUCUCGUUUGGUGGUUACAUACCUCGAGGGAACUCUAUCUUUGGACUGGGGGCCCCCUUCAAUGCUCUGGAUGGUAGACCUUUUACCUCAAUCCUAUAUGGCAAUGGUCCCGGCUAUAAACUUGAGAAAGGUACCCGGCCAGAUGUCACUGAAAAAGAGACUCGUGACCCUAAGUACCGACAGCAGGCAGCUGUACCCCUAUCAUCAGAGACCCACAGUGGGGAGGACGUGGCCAUAUUCGCGCGUGGCCCACAGGCGCACCUGGUGCACGGUGUGCAGGAGCAGAACUACAUUGCACAUGUCAUGGCCUUCGCAGCCUGCCUGGAGCCCUACACCGACUGCGGGCUGGCGCCCCCUGCCGGCCAGAGCAGUGCAGUGAGCCCAGGCUACAUCUCUGCCUUGCUGUGCCUGUUGGCAGGGAAAAUGUUGAUGUUGAUGGUGGCAGCUGAACCCUGACUACCUCAGCUCACUGGACUCCACUCCACUGUCCCACAGGCUCCAG